GCUGACAGGGCUCGGAGUUGAGGUGCGCCGGAAGCCGUGGGAGGGGGAGACUCCAUCACCACUGCAGAAGGGUUGGGCGGGGUCGAUGCGGGAGACUCGGGCCUCCGAGGCUUAGUGGACUGUGGUACCCGGUCUCCCUGGUCUGGUGCGACACUCAGGCAAGUAGUGGCUGGUGCUGCGGAGGUGGACCCAGUGCAGGCAGCAGAGAUUGUGUGUACCAGAGACGCCUGCCCCAUAGGAUGAAUGGCACCUUUAGGAGCCAGGGAGCGUUUUGACUGGUGGAGAGAGAUGAUCUUAAAAGGACUGAGAACGUAUUCCAGUGUUAUUCAAGAAAACAAGACUAAAAUGAAGUUGGAACGAUUCUUUACUGUUGCUGAAGUGUGUGGCAAGGGAGAAAACGCUGGGCACCUGACUGAGAGGGCAUGACUCUCGCCGUGGCAGAACGGGCUUGGAUCAGCUCUGGUUAUUGGUGUGCAGUGAAGGAUGAAGAGGUACCUUCUGAACAGAGCAUUUCUGUAGGAGUGGCACAUGUUAGUACUCUCAAGGAAGGUUCCUCCACACAGACAAGUCACUCUUGUGACGUAUGUGGCCCCGUCUUGGAAGAUAUUUUACAUGUGGAUGAACACCAGGGAACAUACCAUGGACUUAAAACUUACUCUUGUAGGACAUGUGGGAGACAAUUCCAGUUCAGUAAAAACUUUCACCAGAACUUAAAGCAUCUUAAUGUAGAGAAAUCUUCACAAAAAGAUGAAGGUAAGGUCUCGUUAGUUAAGAAUUUCAAAGUUUGUGCAGAACCCCAGUCAUCAGAGAAGCCCUUUGCAUGUGAGGCAGAACAGAAGAACUUCCAGGAUAGUUUGAUUGGUCAGCAACAAAAGAUCACCCACAGCAAGAAGAAAGCAAAGAGCACUGAGAUUGGGGUGGGUUUUCACGUUGGACAAAUGCAUUACAAGUGCAGUGAAUGUGGGAAAGGUUUCAGCCGAAAAGAUACACUUGUUCAGCACCAGAGAAUUCAUAGUGGAGAAAAGCCUUAUGAGUGCAGUGAAUGUGGGAAAGCCUUCAGCCGCAAAGCCACACUUAUCCAGCACCAGAGGAUCCAUACUGGUGAAAGGCCUUAUGAAUGUAGUGAAUGUGGAAAAGCUUUUAGUCGAAAAGACAACCUUAGUCAACAUAAGAGAAUCCACACCGGAGAAAUGCCUUAUAAGUGCAACGAAUGUGGGAGAUACUUUAGCCAUCACUCCAACCUAAUAGUACACCAGAGAGUUCACAAUGGAUCAAGGCCUUAUAAGUGCAAUGAUUGUGGGAAAGUCUUCAGACACAAGUCAACACUUGUUCAACAUGAAAGUAUCCACACUGGAGAAAAUCCUUAUGACUGCAGUGAUUGUGGGAAAUCCUUUGGUCACAAAUAUACCCUCAUUAAACAUCAGAGAAUUCACACUGAGACAAAGCCUUUUGAGUGCACCGAAUGUGGGAAAUUCUUUAGUAGAAGCUCUGACUUCAUUGCACACCAGAGGGUUCACACUGGUGAAAGGCCUUUUGUGUGCAGCAAGUGUGGAAAAGACUUCAUCAGAACCUCCCACCUUGUUCGGCACCAGAGGGUUCACACUGGAGAAAGGCCAUAUGAGUGCGGUGAAUGUGGAAAAGCCUACAGCUUAAGCUCCCACCUUAAUCGGCACCAGAAAAUUCAUGCUGCGAGAAGACUUUAGGAGUGCUUUGAACAGAAUGGUAUUCAGUCAGGUGUUGAAUCUCAUACUAUAUAAACAUUUAUGUUGGGAGAUGCCUUAUGCGAGCCGGAUAUGUGGGAAGCUUUCAAGAGCUGUGUUGCACUUUCUGACCUGUUCAGGUAAUUUACCAUGGUUCUGACUCUGUCAAUAACUCUGGUUGAAGUAGUCUGAACUGCAGCUUGCUUAACCCAACAUCCCCUGGGAAGACAGGACUGUCGUCUCUGCCCAAUCCCUAUAGUGAAUUAUGAGACACUGACAUAGCUAAGCAUCCCCAUUCUCUCAUAUCUGACUGGUUUAGGUGUGGACAUGACCUACUUUUAGCCAAGAGGUCUGUGUUAUAGUCUCUGCAUGGCUUGCAGAGAUGAUUUACUUAUGAAUGUUGUUAUAUUAAAUGUUUUAUCUAAGAUAGUGUUGUUGUGUGAUCCAAACCACCCUCGAACUUCUCUUUCUUCAGCCUCCUUAGUAGCCGGAGUUUAGGCAUCUGACACUAUUCCCAGCUCUUAAUGAGCUUUGAAAUGGGCUUUCGACUUUAUCAUCGAGCCAGAGCAAAUACUUGCCUCAUGUUAACUCUGGUUUCUGAUAAAGGCAUUAUAAUUUAAGCCAUAUUUAAUCUUGGGAGAGGGGUUGCAGUCUAGAGUGAAUUGAAAACAGAGUUUGAUUCUGUCAAACUAGAGAUACACAGUCUGUGUUUCAAAUGGGGCAGUGGGUUUGUGGAGAACAAAUUCUCAGUCCAGUUUUAGUAUUACCUUCUAUUGUUGAAAAAAAGCUUCACCAGUAAUGCUUUAAAUAUUUUGGGGUCUGACGACUGGAUUGCAGAAUUACUUUAAGUUCUGUAUAUGACUUUGAGGAAGAUACUACUUUUGGGACAACCUGCCAUGGGUUUGGGAGCAGUAUGAUUUGAGUAUCUUGCUUCCAGCACAUGCACUAUAUAUCCUAGCCCGAUUGAGGGGAAGCUGUUCCAAUCUCCAUGACCAGAAUGUGGUAUACAGGUCACUAGCUAUGUAACUCAAAG